GUUUCACAGAAAUCACGAGCCAUGUCACAUGACGAACGUUUACAAACCAAGCCGGAAGUGGAGUGAACUGACGCACGUCUACUGGAACAGCUGUGCAAGGGCCCAAAACAGAAAACAUCAGACAGUAUUUUAGUCUGAAUUAAAGCUGGAUCAAGAUGACUACACCUGAAAAAUACCCUAGGUCUUCAAUUGAAGAUGAUUUCAACUAUGGGACAAACGUUGCGACUGCGAGUGUGCAAAUCCGGAUGGAUUUCCUGCGCAAGGUAUACACCAUCCUUUCUCUUCAGAUCAUCCUAACCACGGCUACCUCUGCUCUCUUCAUGUUCUGUGACACCAUCAAGGACUUUGUCCAUUCAAGUCCAGCGGUCGUGUUGGUGUCAGCCAUUGGCUCCCUGGUGUUGAUCAUUGCCCUGGCCUUCUACAGACAUCAACACCCCAUUAACCUAUACCUGCUUGCCGCAUUCACUCUGUUGGAGUCGGUCUCUGUUGCUACCGCAGUGACCUUCUAUGAGUACUCCAUCGUGCUCCAGGCCUUCUUCCUCACAGCAGCUGUGUUCCUUGGGCUGACUGCCUACACCUUCCAGUCUAAGAGAGACUUCAGUAAACUGGGAGCUGGAUUGUUCUCCGGCCUGUGGAUCCUGAUCAUCGCUGGUUUCAUGAAGCUCUUCUUCCAGAACGACACAGUGGAGCUGGUGUUUGCUGGUGCGGGAGCUCUGUUGUUCUGUGGCUUCAUCAUCUAUGACACCCACCUCCUGAUGCACCAGCUGUCCCCUGAGGAACACGUCCUGGCCUCCAUUAACCUGUACCUGGACAUCGUUAACCUCUUCCUGCACAUCCUCCGCAUGCUGGACUCCAUGAAGAAAAACUGAGCUUCUAUUCCCUAGUGCGCUACACACUAUUCCCUAUUUAGUGCACUACGUUUUGACCAGGGCCCAUAGGGCUCUGUAUGAACGUAGUGCACCGUGAAGGGAAUAGUGUGUGGUUUGGGACUCAUGCUGCUUAGCUCACAGGGUGACUUGGGAUCGAUUCAGUUCUCAAUUCAGUCACAUUUUCUUGAAUUAUUUAGAAAAUCCCCAUAGAAAAGAAAAUGGGCAUUUAUCGAUUUUCACCUCCUGAAUUGAAAACUGAUUUGCCCUUAAAUCUCUGAUAGACGACCCUGCUGUAGAUCCUACCAGUGAUUGUGAAACGUUAACCCAGCCGUCUAAGUUUAACCCCUGGAGAUAUUAUAUUAUAUUAUAACCUGUGCCAUUUUGUUUUAGCAUUUUGGAACUGGCUGUGUUUUGGACUUAUGCUGUUUUUGUUCUAUACUGUUUAUUAUUCUGAAUGUAAAAAAAAAAAAAAAAAAAACAUGUUUAAUUGUGGGUUGC